AAGUGAAAAAGUGAGGUUAGAAAAAUCUAAACAAACACAAAACAGGGGCUGGGCCUUCACUAAUCAUUUAAAUUAAUAAAAAAAAGCUACUACAAAAAUACAAGCAUGUCACGAAAUAUAUUAAAAAGUAGCGUACAAAACGCCUCCUUCAGCAUAGUUUUCCAGAUCUUUUUCAGAUGCAUAUCAUUCGUUUUAAAUGCUUUUAUAAUAAGAACUGUGGGCCAAGAUGUGCUGGGCAUCAUGAAUGUGAGACUUCUGUUACUGGAGUCGACCAUCUUAUUCCUAUCGAAAGAGCCCUUGUUAAAGGCUUGUCUUACCAAUGCCAAAUCACAUAAUUGGGCGCAAGUUGUAAACCUUAUAUGGCUUUCGGUUCCUCUAUCAGCUUUAUUGGGUGUAAUAUUGGUUUACAUAUGGAUCAAUGUUUUAAGCCCCACUGAAGAUAUUUAUUUCACUCAGUAUAAGUAUGGUUGUUAUGCUAUUGCCUUGUCUUGUAUUAUAGAACAGGCCACCCAAAGUGUAGUUUUAGUGGCGCAAAGCUUUUGUUUUGUAAAGUUAAAAAUUGUUAUAGAGACUUUCUAUGUCCUAGGACGUACAUUAAUAUUUGUUACUCUAGUUUUAAAUAGACCAAGUUAUGCCAUAAAUGCAUUUUCCAUAGCACAGCUGUUAUCUGCUGUGUUGUUCAGCAUUCUUUAUUAUGGCUUUUUUGCUUGGUACAUUCCUGAAUUAAAGAAAAAAGGCAAAACUGGACAAGAUCCAUUAUUUGCUGAUAUGGCAGAUUUUCCUUUUAGAAACAUCUAUGAUUUCCUACCAGGGGUUAUGAAAAAUCAGGGGGACAUUAUUGACAAGAAACUUCUUAUUUUAACAACAACAUUUGUAAAGCAGAGUUUUAUAAAGCAAAUAUUGACUGAGGGAGAAAGAUAUGUGAUGACAAUCUCGCCAGUGUUAACUUUUAGCCAACAAUCUAUGUACGAUAUUGUUAAUAAUUUAGGAAGUUUGGCAGCAAGAUUUAUUUUUCGACCAAUAGAGGAAUCUUCUUACUUUUAUUUCACACAAACCAUUCAUAGAGAUGAACCAUUGAAGCAACAAGACCAGAAAUCUGUAUCAGAGGCCUCAGAAGUCUUGAAUCAACUGUGCAAGGUGGUAACGAGCAUUGGUCUUGUGGUGGUAGUUUUUGGACAGUCCUACAGUAAUACUUUACUGUAUUUAUAUGGAGGGAAAAAACUGGUGGAAACUACUUUACCGACAACUUUGCUACAGUUUCACUGCUUCGCCAUAGUUUUGUUGGCUAUAAAUGGUGUUACUGAAGCAUAUGUUUUUGCCACAAUGAAUAACAAGCAACUGGAGAGGUAUAAUUACUUAAUGGUCAUAUUCUCCAUCACUUUCCUCUUGAUUUCUUAUCUUUUAACUAAUAUGCUUGGACCAGUAGGGUUUAUACUGGCCAAUUGUGUUAAUAUGGCCGCUCGGAUACUGCACAGCCUACACUUCAUUCAUCAAAAGUACUUAGGUACUAACCAUAACCCCCUAAAUGGCUUAAUUCCAGCACCAAAGUUUGUGAUUGUUUUAUUCUUAUGUGGGAUCAGUAGCAAAUAUUCUGAGGCACAUUUCGCUCCAAAAUCAACUUUAUUACAUAUUGCGUUUGGAGGGGUCCUUUUUCUACUUACUCUGGCUACUUGGGCCUUUGAAAAUAGGGCCCUGUUAAUGUUAGGUUAUGAAAAGUACAAAAGACGAGUUUCCUUAAAAUCUGACUGAUCUUUUUGUGAUAUUUCCUUUUGUUAAGUUUGUAGAUAUUUAAUAAAAUGCCUGUUUUGAAAAAUA